UCUAAGUGAGAGUUGUCUCGAGCCUUGUAACUACGUCGACAUGGAUCUUCACACCACAUUUCUGUAUAUGUCAGUGUUUAUGGUGGUGAGUUCGGCAUAUCGUCUGAGCCGCUUCCAGAGUCACAAAUACGAACGAGAUCAUUGGGAGAGUGAAGAAAAUCCUGAACGCGAAUUUCUAUAUCAAAAACUCGGGAUAUUAAAUUACAAUGCGCUGGAGAGUCCACAAGCCACGCCUCCCCCGCCACGCCCAUACGUGGGACCCAAGAAUGGAAAGUACAAAUACAAGUACAAGAAGAAAAGGCCCAAUAGACGGCGACCAGAAGAAUCUUGUGAAUCGGAGUCAGAUGACGAAAAAGGAAGUGUGGAGAUGGAGAGGAAGAUAUUGUCUGAUGUAAUGCGAGCGCCCUCUGACGGGCGGAUUCUUCAAUGGGAAGACGAUGCUUAGUAAAUUGAUCGAGCUUUGAUUUACAAUCCUAAUUUUUGUUUCAUAAUUUUCUCAUCUUACUGCCGUUCAUUUUGUUGCGAAUGUGUUGAGAGAGUUUGAUGCGAUAUCAGUACAAGGUUACACCCACUGACUGAUCAUUUUUUCUAUUCUCGUCACCUGUUUCAUGUGAAGUGAUUCGAUAUUGUAAAGGAGAAGAGACAUGUUCAUCAUCACUUGGAGUAGAAGGGUCCAGACUGCUAAGCGUAAUUACGAGUCGGGAAACUAGACGUGACUGGCGAUGCAACAGAGCUUAAUCAGUGACCCUAGAUUUUUGAGCACUCUAACGCAGUUCACAUUUGGGUGAUAAUCUGCAAAGAUCAUCUCAUUAAAAUAGCUUUU